AUGCCUCCAAAGCGCAAGAGAUCUGAUAGACCCUCGGGCGGCGAAACCGGCCGGCCUUCACCGCAUAGGCCUGCAGAGAUGGUUAUGGGUCAUCAUGAACGAGAUGACGGCAAUAAUAGAGGCCGUGGCCGAACCCGUGGAGCCUCUGGCCGCCGCGACUCAUCCCAUGUUCACGGCCGAAACGGACCACACGGCCAACCAAAUCCUCAGCCGUCGCCCACUCGCCAACGACAAGGUUCUGGCCCGCAGCAUCCUUCCUCGCAGGCCUCGAGACAACGUACGGCCAGCACACCGUCGUCCCCUGUCAAGCCUGCUCCGAUGCAUCCUCCCUCCGAGUCCUCCACCGCUUCCGCGCGUCCACGACAACAGCGACGAGAAUCCCAGACUCUCAAGCCGCCAAAGCCUUCCAACUAUUAUUUUGACAUAAUAACAGAUGAGCAACUGGCAAAUUGGGCGGCCGCUGGAAGAGAUCAUGUCGUCUCUCGCGGUGCUCAGGCGCGCGAUGACAUCGAUGUCGUCGAGCUAUCCAGCCUACUUCAGGAGUUUAUUCAUGCCGUCUUGGCUGGUAAGCUGUCGCCCGAGGAAGCAGGUGCUUGCGUUAAGGAAAUAAUCGGUGAGGAGAACACAGAAGUGAUCAAGGACUCCUUGAAGUUUCUCCCUCAUACCUUGUUCCUCGAUUCGCUUGCCAUUGUCAUGGACAAUGACUCUGACCUUUACCAACCAAUCUUACGUCAAUUCCUCAUGUCUACGGGCGUUUCCACUGCGCUUAUGCGACAGAUUCUAGAUGCGCCUAUUCUGCAACAGCUUGGCCUGAUUCGUGAUACUUUUGCCAGACUGGGCGUUCGCCAGGCGACCAACCUCCUCUAUCGCCAAGCCAACUACAAUCUGCUCAGGGAGGAGUCAGAGGGCUACUCAAAACUCAUUACUGAGCUCUUCACCACGAGUAGUGUUCCUCCACCCCCUCCAGAGCUUGCACAACACACCUUCGAAAGAGUCAAGGCCUUGAUAGGGACUUUUGACCUGGAUGUUGGGAGAGUUCUGGACGUUACUCUCGACGUUGCCGCCGCUGUCCUGAUCAAGCAGUACAAGUUCUUUGUUAAGUUCUUGAGAGUCAGCUCGUGGUGGCCGCGCUCGCAGGUUAAACUCAACUCCACCGCUUACUCGGCUGGCCUUCCAACCUGGGCACACCCCGACUACUCAGAUUGGGUGACCAGUCCCCAAGACGAGGAAGUCAAUGCCGAAGCCAAACAAUUACGCGAUGUUGAGUUCUGGAAUCGAGCAAGAGACAUCCAUCUGGCCGCGUUUUUCGAGCUGGGGGGUCGGCAGGUGCCUGAGCAAGCCAUCCAAACAGCUCUAAUCGCAAAUGCGGAAAACAACCAGGAUGGCUCCUUGGAUCUUGAGCAGCAAUGGAUCAAAGAAACCAAUACUUUGCCUCCCCCAGGCAACCGCGUUGCUGCUCAAUUACUUGGAUUCAAGCUUCGAUUUUACAAUUCGGAGCUUCGGGCAGAAGCUGAUGUCCUUCCAGCCAAUCUGCUGUACCUCGCCGCUCUGCUGGUCAAGGUCGGUUUCAUCUCUCUCAUAGACCUGUACCCACACCUCUCGCCUGCGGAUGACAAGAUGGAGGAAGUCAGAGAGCAGGAGCUGAAGAAAAAGGAGGAGGAAGAGCGCGCUUCCAGGGGAGGGGGAAUGAAUGCUCUUCUCAUGGCUGGUGUAUUGCCACAGGGUGAUGAUGAUAACCCGAACGCGGUACGCAAGGAGGUUCCUAAGAAGACCGAAGCCGAGACGAAGCAGGCCGCCGAGCAGGCUCAGGAAGCUAAGCCGCAGCUACCAGAGCCCCUAGAGCAAAAAGUAUCCUUUUUGACGCAACUUUUGACUAUCGGUGCAAUCCCGGAGUCAUUAUUUAUCUUGGGCCGCUUCCCUUGGAUACCAGAGACCUUCCCCGAUGUUCUGAGCCGAAUUCAUCGCAUCCUGAACGUUUCGGUUGACAAAGUCUACAACGCCAGCAAACCUACAUCGAUCACUGACAUAACAUGCCCUACAAAAUUUGUGCCUGAUUUGGAUCAAACUGGUAUUCCAAAGGGCACCGUCAAACUGACUCGUCUCCCUGUCAAAAAGAUUUGGCGUUGGCCAUUCCCCGAUAAGUUCGACACCAACGAAAAUCAGACAUAUCGCUUCUACUGGGAUGAGUGGUCAGACCACAUCCCCGUCUGUCAGACGGUUGAUGAUGUAUUCACCCUUUGUAGCACAUUUCUGAACAUCUCUGGUGUCUGCAUCGGCAAGGAUGAGGUGCUGCUUUCCAAGCUUGCCAGCAUUGGUAGCAUGAGCCUGACCCAAGAUGGCUCGGAGGAAAAUUUGAAGAGAUGGCAUGACCUGCUGAAGAGACUUCUUCUCCCCGCUCUCAGUCACACCAAGGCCAACGCCGCGGUUGUAAAUGCAAUCUGGGAUCUUCUCAAGCUGUACCCGACCACAACUCGCUAUGCCCUCUAUGCCGAGUGGUUCGAGGGACAGACUUCCCGACUUCCUGCGAUGCGUACAGCAUUUGCCAGAGCCAUAGCAGAAACGAGAGGCACGAUGAAGCGUGUCUCUUUGACGAACCUAGGCGAAAUGGCAAAGCAACUGGCCAAGACCAGCUACUCCUCGCCGGGCAUUGUUUUCCGAGUGGCUUUCGAGCAGCUGGAGUCAUAUCCCAAUCUCAUCGAGGCGUUUGUGGAAUGCGCCAAGUACUUUACAGACUUGUCCUAUGACGUCUUGGUCUGGUCGCUAAUGAACUCGCUCGGCAAGUCGAGAAGCCGAACGCAGGCUGACCACGCUCUGACAACCAGCAAAUGGCUCCAAGCUCUGUCCAAAUUUACUGGCAGAGUAUUUCGCCGAUACUCUCUGCUUAACGCCAUCCCCGUUCUCCUCUACGUCAACGACCAAUUGUUCCACGGCAAUUCGACAGAUCUCAUCAUCCUCAAAGAGCUCAUGUCUUCUAUGGGCGGCAUUGUGGACUUGAUUGACUUUACGGACUAUCAAAUAUUGUCCAUGGCAGGCUUUCCCUCUCUACGCAAACACACUCUCAUGCGCGGUGGGGACAAGAGAUACGACAACAUCAAGAGCUCGAAACGGCUCAUCGAAGCUCUGACUGAGUCAGGGCUUGCCGCGCGUCUGCUAGUCAAUCUAGCGCAGUACCGACAGGCAACGAUUUUUCGGGUUCCCGAAGGUGAAGCGCACCUCAAGUUUCUUUCCUCGGUCAUUGACGUUUCGCAUCAAACCCUCAUUCAAUAUCUCGACUUCUUGUGGAACAACAUGGAGCAGCCCGACUUUGACAGUAUCGUGCCUUCGAUACCUGACUUGAUGCAGACCUACGGCCUCGACGUUGGCCUGGCUUUUCUCAUUGGCCGGGCUAGCUUAUCACAGCGAGUUUUCCACUGGAAUAUGGAGGACCCUGAGGCAACCAAGGGUGCCCCCGUCCAGAUUGACAAAGACGGCGACUUGGCGAUGGUGGAGAAGGCUGCCGCUGAUGAUUCUGUACCCGAGCUGGCUGUGGCGAUUGACCAGAACCAAGCUCAAAUUGCCCAGAUUAGUGCUUCGCUACAGCCACUCACCAAUGCCGUCAAGGCAAGCGCGCGACCCGAAGUUUGGGACAAGAUAACACCCGAACUCGCCACGACAUUUUGGGCUCUCCAGCUUGGUGACAUCUACUGUCCAGCCGACAUCUACAAGACGGAGGCGGACCGCCUCAAGGCCGAGGAGUCUGCACUUCUUCGUGACCGGAGCGAUAUGUCACGUCGCGGUCAAGAGCUGCGCACCGAAAAACGAAAGGAGCUCACCCAAACACAAAUCAAUCUUCUGGAGGAUCGCAAGAAGCAUGUCAAGACGCAGGCCAACUGGACCAAAUACCUCACGAAUCUGUUUCAAGAGUCAUUUCGGCCCACGGCCAAGGCAGAUGCCAUAUCCGAUGUGCUCCUUGAGCAGUGCAUCUUGCCUCGCGUGCUGAUUUCGCCCGCCGACACCGAGUAUACUUUUCGUUUCAUCAAAUCGCUGCACGACAAUAACGCCCCGGGUUUCAAGCUCAUGUCGCUAUACAACCGACUCUUUCACGCCAACCGUUUGCGAACACUCAUUUUCACAUGUAGCGUUCGUGAGGCCGAAUAUUUAGGACGCUUUCUGAAGCUCAUCCUCGAGGACCUCUCCAUAUGGCACAAGAAUGCCCCGGCGUCUGGUGGCAAGAACGUCAAGAAUGCCCAGAAAGCGCUUGGUGCAUACGAGACGGAAGGGAUUGGUCCUCGCGACAACGGGCGCCGUGGCUUCGCCCUUACACUGGACGACCAGGGCAAGCCUUUGACAUUCGUGGAGCACGCCCAAUUCAGAGAUUUGCUGUUUGGCUGGCACAAGAAUUUGAAUAGCGCACUGAAGUCUUGUCUGGGCGGUAGCGAAUGGAUGCACAUCCGGAAUGCUCUUACGGUGCUUAAGUCUGUGGUUGACUUUUUCCCAGCGAUUGAUUUUAUGGCUUCACAAUUUUCGGCACAGUUGCAGAAGAUCACGCAGCAGGAAGCCGCGCAAAAAACGGCACCCGAAGACGAGCUCGGAGGGCGCGUGGACCUAUCUGUUGCCGCACAGGGUGCUCUGUCGGAGCUACAGCGGAGGAAAUCAAAGUGGGUUCUGGUGCAGGUUUUCCGUACCAAUGCGGAUGUCGGCACAAAGACGAAUGACAGGGCUGCUGCCUCGGCUCUGCGUGCCACAGCAUCAGACUUUAAACCCGGGGUCGCCAAGAUCAACGCAUCUAGAACUGGAGAAGAGGAGGAUGGCGAAGUCCAGGAUUCGAAGCAAAAGAAGCUUGUCGCCGCGGCAGGCGGUCCUGGGAGAGAUAACUUGCCUGCCAGACCAUCAAGGGGUGGUCGUGAAGCAGGAAAGGAAGAAGUGUCUACUUCGGGCCAAUCGCGCUCUUCAACGCCUAAAACAGCGCCGAAAGGGGAUAGAGGAUACAAUCUUCCAGACAGGCCUAAUCUUCCCACGCGUCCGGAUGUGCCUAUUCCGGGUCACUACACGCCAGAACGAUUUAAUCAGUCGCGCGGCCACGAAAGACGCGAUGGUAGAGAAGGGAGAGAGAGCAGAGAGGGUCGCAACCAGCGCGAGCCGCGUGAAGGCCGGGAAGGUCGCGAGUCACUUGAUAGCCGACCGGGUCGUAACGAGCGGGACCGGCAGAGAGAUGGUGCUAGUGUGGAUGCCAGCAAGUCGAGAGAGCGGGAGCGACAACCGCGCAACACUAGAGGUGGAGGCGAGGACGAACCGAAAGCUCCAUCGCCAGCUCCGCAAGCCGGGCAGGCAGAACCGAUGAUGAACCCUCAGCGUGCAGCAUUGUUUGCCAAAGAAGAGAAUGCCAAGCCGCCACGUAGCGGACCAGAACCGGAUCGGUCCAAGUCUCGACGACCAGAACAAGCCAGCGGCACAGACAAUGUAAACCCCGAAAGAGCGGCGCUGCUGGAUCUACGUGAUGAUAAAUCGUCGGGCCGUUCCAGCCGAAACGAUGGUCGCGACCGUGAUCGGGACCGAAGUGGGCGAAAUCAGUCACCUCGACAUGAAAGUCGCCACGGCGAGCAAAGCACCACCGGAACACCUAGCAACUUUGACGAGAGGCACGGGCGCAUCCACGUAGCUGAUCAUCGACCUCCAGGUCGCAGUCGGGACCGCUCGCCAGGCAUGUCUGGUUCUUUUCGCAAUGAUAAGGGUGCUGAUCGCUCAGAGGCGUUCUACGGAGCUCCUCGGGGGCUUGAGGCAGAAAAGCGCCACCACUCGGGGUACCAAGAUCCCAACUAUGGCAGACUGAACCCUGUUCCCCAGGGACCAGAAACGCCGUCGGGACCUCGACCACGAGGUCGCGGUGCAGCCAGAGGGGGGCACGCUACCCCUACCGGCCCUGCGGUUCAUCAAGAUAGUCGCGCUACGUUGUCGGACCAAAAUUUGACGCCGACGACGGAACGUCUACCACCCUCGGGUCCGGCAUCAGUACGCGGCUGGCGCGCGGGGUACGAGGCCAGCACGCCAGGAUCAGCACCAUCUACACAUGACGGCCCGACAAGAAAGCAAGGUGGAUCCAAUGGCGAGGCAGCUGGGGCUCCAAGCGGUAUGCACCCGGACCGUCUGGCCGCGAUCGACAACAAGUCAGCACAGGGGCCGCAGCCACCUCCACCGCCACCUCCAGGCCCCCCGCCGAGUCACAACCGUGGCGGAGAAGGCAACAUUCCCACUGGACCCUCAGCAGCGUCGGACAGACAUAGGGGUGGUCGUCGACAGCUAGCGGGUAUCAAUAGCGCUCUGCAGCAGGGCUCUAUGGACAAUAUGGGUCGUGGCAGUAACAAUAACAACAACAAUAACAGCAGCCACGGCAGACAUAACCCGUCUCGGCAGAUGCUGGGAGGCAACUCGGAUGCGCAGGUGCUUGCGGGUGGAACGCAGCCGUCAACGCCUGGGCAAGAACAUGGGCGGUGGAUGGACGCUCCCAAGGGCCCGUCUAAUGGCGACGGGAGCGGUCGAGACCAGAGCCGAGGGUACCGAGACAACAAUCGCGAGCGGUCGGGACGAUCCGGGCGACCGCGCAGCCAUGAGCGGGACGGCAAGAGCGGUGGAGGCCACGGUGAGCACCGCGAUCGACGGUCCAUGGGCGGCCAUGGCGGCAGUAGCGAGCAACAAGGACCGCGCGGGCCGGGGGCCGGACCAGACUGGCCUGGUCAUGCCGGCAAUAACGUCAACCGAGGAGGCGUGGGCCGUGGAAGCGGCGGAUCGAGAACGGACGAUCGCGGACACCGCGAGGACCGGGGACGCAAGAGACGCAGCGAGGAGGGAGCGGGCACUGCGCCGAAUGAGAGGGGAGAAAAGCGAGCGAGAAGAUGA